AUGAUGGUGCACUGUGCCGGCUGCGAGCGGCCCAUCCUUGAUCGCUUUCUGCUGAACGUGUUGGACCGCGCGUGGCAUAUCAAAUGUGUUCAGUGCUGCGAGUGUAAAACCAACCUCUCAGAAAAGUGCUUCUCACGCGAGGGAAAGCUCUACUGCAAAAAUGACUUCUUCAGGCGAUUUGGCACCAAAUGCGCCGGCUGUGCGCAAGGCAUCUCGCCCAGCGACCUGGUGCGGAAAGCCCGGAGCAAAGUCUUCCACCUCAACUGUUUCACCUGCUUGGUGUGCAACAAGCAGCUGUCCACCGGGGAGGAGCUGUAUGUGAUCGACGAGAACAAGUUUGUGUGCAAAGAUGACUACCUGAGCUCCUCCAGCCUCAAGGAGAGCAGCCUUAACUCAGUGUCAUCCUGUACGGACCGCAGUUUGUCCCCGGAUCUCCAGGACCCACUACAGGACGACCCCAAGGAGACGGACAACUCGACCUCCUCAGACAAGGAGACGGCCAACAACGAGAACGAGGAGCAGAACUCCGGGACUAAGCGGCGGGGCCCGCGCACCACCAUCAAAGCCAAGCAGCUGGAGACGCUCAAAGCCGCCUUCGCCGCCACACCCAAGCCCACCCGCCACAUCCGGGAGCAGCUGGCGCAAGAGACCGGCCUCAACAUGAGGGUCAUUCAGGUGUGGUUUCAGAACCGACGAUCCAAAGAACGGCGGAUGAAACAGCUGAGCGCUCUGGGAGCGCGGAGACACGCCUUCUUUCGGAGUCCCAGGCGCAUGCGUCCGCUGGGCGGCCGCUUGGACGAGUCAGAGAUGUUGGGGUCCACCCCGUACACUUACUACGGAGAUUACCAAGGCGACUACUACGCUCCCGGAGGCAACUACGACUUCUUCGCGCACGGGCCGCCGUCGCAGGCGCAGUCCCCGGCCGACUCGAGCUUCCUGGGUGCCUCAGGGCCCGGCUCGACGGCGCUGGGCGCCCUGGAGCCCCCGCUGGUGGGCGCGCACGCCGCCGACAACCCCCGCUUCACCGACAUGACCUCGCACCCCGACACGCCGAGCCCGGAGCCGGGCCUGCCGGGCGCGCUGCACCCCAUGCCGGCGGAGGUGUUCGGCGGCGGCCCCAGCCCGCCCUUCCCCAUGAGCGGCGCCGGCGGCUACAGCGGGGCGCUGGCGCACCCCAACCCCGAGCUCAACGAGGCCGCCGUGUGGUAAGGCCGAGGGCUGGGCCGCCCCCUCCCCU